ACAGUUGACUUGUUGUGUAAAGUUGACGAGGUUAAAGCAAUGCCAAGAGGAGAGAUAGCUGCAGCAAGAGCUGGGUCUGCUGGUCUUUUUAAAUUAAAUGUCAAAUGGGUCAUUCAUUUGAGUCAGAACAGUUGGAUGUUAGCAGAAUGCAUAGCCUAGAUGGGCGCUGUUUAAUUGUAUCUAUGCUACAUAUUUCUCGGCAUACAUCUGCGUAAUACAUCUGCGUAAUCGCUAUUGCAUGCGCAAUCUGCAAUGCAAUCUGACUGAUCCAGGUGCUUGACCACGUGACGCCCUAAGCAAGACACUUUCAAUUUAAACAGUUGUGCAACGUAUGCCAUGAUAGCCAGCCAACAGGGGUCCAGGGUCAUUGGGCUAAGCAGCGUAAAUGCAACAACUCUGGGCAGAAAAACAAGUGUCUCGACUCACCCAACGUGAUCUCAAAGUCUAUUCUGUGGUAACCAACAUAACGCUACUCCAAGGCUUGUGCUCUGGAGAAGUUUCCUUCUGGUUGGCGGCUAGAGAUAGAAUGGCCAGGUAUGAGUCGAAAACCGGUUGGAAUAUAUCCUUUGCAGGCUGUGGUUAUAUGGGAAUCUAUUACAUCGGAGUUGGAAGUUGUUUACUGGAAAGAGCCAGUUACCUACUGGAUGAUGCGUCCAAGAUUGGCGGGUCCUCUUCGGGUGCCCUGUUUGGAGCUUUGGUUGUGUGUAAAGUAUCAUUGGCCAAGACGUGUGGCAUGAUGCUGAUGAUGACAAAGGAGGCUCGCCGGAGGAGCAUCAGCGCCCUGCAUCCCACCUUCAACCUGCUCAAGGUCGUCCGGGACUUUCUGGAGGUCGAGCUGCCAGACGACGCCCAUCUGCUGGCGAGCGGCCGGCUGCACAUAUCCCUGACGCGCGCCUCGGAUGGACAGAACGUUCUAGUAUCCCGCUUCGCCUCCAAGGAGGAGCUCAUCCAGGCCCUCAUCUGUAGUAGUUUCUUCCCCCUCUACUGUGGCUGGAUGCCUCCCACCUAUCGGGACAUUAGGUAUGUAGAUGGUGCCAUCAGUGACAACCUGCCCUUCUCCUCGCUCAACAACACCAUCACUGUCGCCCCGUUCGCGGGAGAGAGUGACAUCAGUCCGCGCGAGAAUCCUUUUUACUACCAUGAAAUACACCACAGCAACGUCAGCAUACGACUGAACUUAAACAAUAUCUAUCGAGUGACCAGCGCCUUCCUGCCUCCAGAGCCACAGGUUCUUGCCCAAGUCUGUCGGGAUGGAUACAGGGACGCGCUGAGAUUCCUGUACGAGAACGACCUUUUGAAACUGGACCUGUUGCCUGAGCUGAGUUCUCCUGAUGGAACACGGAUGCCCAUGUGCAGAGACAGAGAGGAGCAGCGUCAUGGCAAUGAGAAGAACGAUGUGAGGUGUAAUAGCCUACAUAAGAGGUCGGCUGCAUGUCAACACAGGCAACACUGGAGGGAAGAAACGACCACAACCCUUCCUGCUCCCGUUGAAAGAGUGAUUUCCAAGUGGUGUGAAGAGAGGGACGGGUCGUUUGGGGCAGCGGGACAGCUUUCUCUUGUGAAACUGUUGAUCCAAACCCUGAUGCUGACCAUCCUGCCAGUACAGUGGGUGGUGGCCUUUGUUUACAGAAUGAUCGAGUGGGCUCCAGAGAUGUGUUCAGAUCUGCAGUGGCUGUGCAGUCUAGCGUGGGAGCUCUGCAAACGAACUCUGUCAAACAGCACAAAUGAAGGCCACCAGAAGAGCUCAGCUGAUGAGCAACUGUUUACCUUUGAAAACCUUUCUAAGCGGGAAAUAUCCUCAUCGUAUCCUACACCGCCCACCACACCUACACUGCCUGCAGCUACCUACUAUCCAUUUUCUUAAAGCCUAACUUCAAGGUUACCAUUCGUAUUGUAAUCCAAUGGCAGCCAUGGCCUAAACUUGUGCCCUAAACUGGUGGAUUUAUUAAGAUCAGAAUGUUGUGGCCCUACCGUGGCUCUAAUGGUAGGGCACUCGUCUGCUAUGCGGCUGACCCGGGUUUGAUUCCGGCCUGCGGCCUUUGCCAACCUAUCCCCGUCUCUCUCCCCACUCGCUUCCUGUCAUAAUCUUCACUGUCCUAUCUCAAAAUAAAGGCAAAAAGCCCCCCCACCCUUAUCAGUCCUCCCAUCCAUGGCUGAAGUGGUCUUGAGAAAGGCACCUAUGCCUACAUUGCUUUAGAGACUGUAACCAACAUACCCUGUAAAUAACUGUAAGUAGCUUUGAAUAAAAGUGUCAAUGACGUGUAAUGUAAUGUAAUCCUGAAAUAAAAC